AUGAUCUGUUUUGCCUUUGGCAUGGCGUUCAACGGCAUUACGAUCCGCCGUUCACCGGACACCGAAGAACAACGACUUGCCAAGGUAAAAACGAUGAUCUGUAAGCUGCUGACGGAAAUUGAUGGCCGCGUUCUACGCAUUCAACAGAAUCAAUCCGGUGGAAUGAAAGGACAGGAUUUCUACGAAGAAUGGACGAUGUUAACAUGGAACGUACUGUGUAUAACCGGCCGUCUACAGAAUAAUUUAAGUACUCAAAAUGUUAUCUCCAACGAUGACAAAGUCAUCUACCAACGACUUAAUCAAGCUCUUGUCGAACUUGUGAACUAUUCGAACGUGAACAUGCCCUUCAUGGGAUACUAUCAGGACACUGAUUUCGAGGUGCUGCGCCAGAACACUGAAAGGACACUGCAAGAGCUUUACCUGCUCACGAGACGGCUUACCUUAGCUCAAUUUCUGAAUCAAGCUGAAAUCGAGGCCUUCCGUCAACGAGUGUCAGGAAUUUGGAGAGCGAUUUCUGGGUCCUUGUAUCGACCAUAUGAAGGUGAGCAGGUCGGCUGCGCUACUGAUCCACGAGUACUGCAUAGAGCUAACUUUUACAGGCGUUUUGUAACACUCAUAGCGUGGCCAGGUGGCGAGACGUUGAGAGCUGCACAGAUCGUUCGAAUGCGCGAGCAGGGCAGCCAUCUGGACGAAUCCGUUACGAACCUUGUUGCCUUCUACUCCAUCAUGAUGUACAUAUUGGCUGUACUGGCUGCUCGACUACAGGGUCUUCGCUACGAGAUCACCAUGGUCAAAAAGGCGUACGAUUUGGAUGAACAAGUAAAAAUUCUCUCACAAGUAGUGUUCGGAGCUUUGGAACUGUUAAUGAGCGACUGCGUGCUGGCUACUGAACCGUCAACCACCGCCAUUUUGGUCACCAACAACCUCUUCAGCAUGAACUGCGGUGCUUUGGCCAGAGGAGUCGUCUUCAAAGACUUUGAAAUACAGGUAGUCUCAGAGGAGACUGCCGAGCAUAUUCAGUCUGAAAUGAAUCGUGCUCGACUGCUGCAACAACCGAAUCAGAUUUCUCAACCUCCUUCCGCUGCACUUUUGGCAAUGAAGCCCACUUCUGGAACGAAAAGAAGUAAUGCUGCCAGCAACGGAGAACGAAGCUUCGCUGAUUCGGCAAAUAACACUGCUCAUAAGAAAAGUGAUGUGAACAGCAAAGAAUAUGUCACCAUCUAUCCAGUCUAUAAUGCCAAGUACAGGUACUGGCAGGCCACCUAUCCGCAUCUGCUCUGUACUACUCGACAGAAGGGCCGACAAUCUACUCACAACUCAUUUCAAGACUUGUCACCGUCGAACACACAAAGCGACAAGUCGAACGGGAAGAGGCCAAUUUUCUACUUCCAUAUCAAAGCGACGAUGUUCAGUCCUUCUGGAAGUUUUGCUACUGCUCACAAUCUGUCACUUCCCUUCACCAUUGCUACUCGCAGAAAUCAGGACUGUCAAGUACAGCGAAUGAUGUCGUCAUACACAGCCACAAUCUUUUGGCUGUACGGUUGCAAUCACCAAGAAGGACUUCUUUUGCAAUGGGUUGACACAGGAAUGCACUGGGAGCAGUUCAAGCAUCUGUACAAGCAGCAUUUCAAGGUGAACGCCGGUGUGCAGAGAGGUUUGAUUGACGACGACUUCGAGUUGCUCAAGUACAAACUCCAGUGCCCAGACUGUCAAUCCACCGAGGAUGGCGCCACCAUCAACGGAGUACAGCAGAUCGUCACAUUCAAGAACGUACUUUGUCCUCAUUUGAGAUACGAGUGUGGAAGCACGAAUGUUCGGUUUUCGGUAUGUCAUUCGGGGCUGGCAUUUUUUGAUCGAUAUUCUCAACGGCAGAUGGUGUGGAGAGGGAUGCUCGAGCUGCUGCAAAUUUUCCAUGACACUCGCAACAACGUGCGGAAACUUUGGGAAAUGGGUUUACUGCUUGGAUUUCUCGAAUUCGAUGAGGGCGACAAACUUUUGGAGCAACACAAAUCGGCCUUAAUAAUGCGACUUUCUUUUGUAACUGGAGGAACGAUCUGCUUCACCGUCAAAUCAAUGGCGCAUACAUUGGAUCAUCGAGCCACCCGACCGAUUCAUUUGGAACCACUUGAUUUAAAGAAAUUGCAAACAAAAUGCCUAAAAGACUAUCUGAGAGACAUUGCCGACGCUGAAAAGGUGAAGUACAUACUGAACGCUUCGCAUCAAGUGGUUCGAAUCACAGAAGUAUUGGCACAGUUGGGCGAAGGGGAAGUUGGCAGUGGAGCUGAAGGAAGUCGUGACAUUUCUAGCAACGUCACUCACAGUGGAGACAUUGCCGCCAUGCAGCACAUAAGGUUCACCGCAAUGCGAAUCGCCGUUGUUACCUGCAAGGUGAAGCCACCGUCGGCCGAUCAGCUUGAAGUGGACGUGGAAAGCAGUUCUCGCCGUUUGCCAUCCGUGCCUCCACCACAUGACGACUUCCUGCGUGAGCUCAUCCAACUGGCUGCAUUCCAUGGGAAAACAAGACAGGAAGUCUUGGAUGUCGUCGAUUCGUUAAGUGAUGAGUACUUCACCCGGAAAAUGAACAAUCUAGCGUUCACAGAAACUACUCCACCUCCUACCGUAAUAUCCCCACGGCCUUCCGUGCAGCCCUCCUACACGCCGUCAUCGCAAUUGCCGUCUCCGAAUGGGCCAACCACUCCGAUACCGUAUAACAAUGUAUACCACAAAUUUGAAUACGUGUGA